CCGCUGUCCUUACAGGAGAACGCUUCAGGGCUUUUUUUGUCUGGUCCUCGUCCGGGCGACAGCACUGGGCUGUCGGUCGUUCGAAUUUUCCUGUGUCUAACCGUCAUCUACGUCCACACAGUGGAGGCUUUUGAGUGGGAGCACCACUCUGCAGAGCUGGCGCUGUUGCAACUAAGAUAUUGGCCUCUCUUCGUGUUAAUGCAUUGUGGCCAUCGAGUGAAUACGCUUUUCACGUGUCUGUCGACGUAUCUUGCCCUGCGUAGCAUACGGAACACCUUUCGACAAGAUGACGCGAGAUUUGCGGCACACUCCAUCAAGAAUGCUUCCCUAGUUGGGCUGACGCCGAGAAGCGAAACUGAAAAAAAAUCUAGCGAUAAGAAUGUCGUAGCACAGAACCAGGGGUGUUCCUCAUCUUCAAGAAGAAGGACGGAUGGCACAGAAAGCGCUGAACUAGUAAAAAAUGCUUCCCUAGAAGCAAAAAGCAAGCAAGAUGGGUUAGCUGCACUUUUUGCGGAUGAUCCUGUAGAUGGAGGGAAAUCUCCAAAAGGUCGCGACACAGAGAAAAAGUUUGCCGAUGCUGCAGCUCAGACGGGUAAUGGUGAAGAGAUUCGACUCCCAGCGCCAGGCGAAGACGUCGAUACAAUGUCAGGGAAUAGAACAAAUGGGCAUGUCUCGUCACUGAAGGAAAUAAAAAAUGGAAAUGCAGCUACUCGGUCCGAAUAUUUUGCAGGGAACGAGCCUGAUACGAGAACAUCUUCGAAGGAGGUAGCGUCUGCCGGCGGAGAUGAAGGUUGCUCCGCGGUAGCCUCAUCUUCACAAAGUCCUAGAACCCAAAAUACCAGUUUGUGCACGAAGUUUAGUGACCGCCUCCCUUUUUUUCUGCGGGACUUCAGUUUGUGCGUACGCAUGCUCAUCCGUCAGGCGUUGCAGAGAAUAGCGAGGCAGAGCCCUGUCAUGCUGUUUUGGAGCUGGGUAGUCAUGCAAGUAAUGAACAAAGAUGUUCCAUGGCGACCCAGCGAAACGAUGAAUGUGUGGUACGAUUACCGUGUGAAAGUGUGCAACAUGUCCCUGCGGUGGCUUUACUCGAGCUUCUAUCUCCACGCCUGGCUCACCGAGAACAUCCACGACGAGUCUGUCUGUCACAAUACCGCAAUAUUUGAGGCAGAGUUCCAAGUUGUUAUCUUGUUCGUUCUUUUCGUCUGCGCCUCCCACUAUAUCCGUCGACGCUUUCUUUCUUCGCCGUCCGAAACAACGACUUCUGACGAAGAACCAGAGACAGACCUUCAAUUCAAAUCUUCGUGCAAUUUUGCACGGUCUGUUUUAGUGACCGGCCUGCGUUUCGCAGAGCUUUCUAUAUUAGUCCAUAUCCAAAAGUACAUUAUUCACCACGCGUGGGAGCAUGCGACGUCUCGCGAUGACACCCGGCGAUGGGCCGAGAAUCAGUUGCUCGAGCGGUCUCCACGCACACUGCUGUAUCUUCUUUCUGUUGCCAUAGGAGUCUACAUUUUCGAGGAAGCGCUUCCUGAUCUGCUUGCGCACUCACCACUGAUGGCAGGCGCAAGAUGCUGGCAGAGGUGCAGAAGAAGGAAAUAUAUUUUAGAAGCUUCCGUAGCUGUAGCAAAGGACAAGGACAUCAACAUGAGCAUCAAAGAUGAGAAGAGCAAAACUGUUCCACAACAACCAGCACCUGUGUCACCAGCUCACUCAACAUGUACGAUUUCUAGACGUGCGAAGCCCACGUCUUUUCUAAAGCUUUUGAUCCCGGCUUGGUUCCGAUUGACCUUUUUCGUCGUGUUGCCUCUUUUGGUAGUCCUUUUUCUAGAUGCGAUGGUAGUGCUGCGAGGACGGUAUUUCAUCAUUGCAAACGAGCCCAGUGUGGUCGAGCGCAUGUUUGGCGUUCCGGUUUUUCACUUCCUGUGGGGCCACGCUGACAUUAUGCUCAAAUGGACAUCUGAAUAUCUGCAGUCAGAGCCAAUGCUGAUGGACUACCUGCUCGAUUUCCCGACGACCUUCGCCUUUUAUCACCUGUUGAAGCUAAUCCUUGAGGCGGAUAAUCACGACAGAGGUACUACAGCUUCUAGAAGAACCAACCCCCCAGGAGAACAGGAGCAGCUUCUUGGAUCUUCCGGGCCACGAUUAGAAGAGGACACAAGACGUGCAAUUUCAUCUUCAGCAAGUAAUAUUGUUUUCCGGCAGGCCACGCAUUUAGUUGCGCAACUGUGCUUCGGGAUGAACCUUUCCAAUAUUUUCGUUCUACAUUACCUAGUUAGUUACGGACUCCAAUUUCCGUUACGAAUUAACUACAUCCUCUUUCCGUCUAUUUACGGAUUUGUCGUUGGUUGUAGUGCGGUGGUAAAUAUUUUCGUCUAUCUUUUCAUCGAGAAGCCUUGCGCUAACAUGGCUGCACGACUCUUCCUCGUCCAUCUUUAGUUGUUAGUUCUCUUUUCUAGUACUACUAGAACCAUGUAUUAAUACAACACUAUCCAAUCUUCAUAAUAAGAAUAACCACGCUAUCGCAAAAACUGAAAAAGAUGAUUGAACACGUGCUCGUGAUUAUUUACCCGAGAUAUCCCGCUGUCGCGACACCCUCAGUUGGGAGACACGGAAACCACAGCGAACAACUACUGUAGAAGUGCAGUUUCAGCUUUCAGUUUCAUCUUGAUGAAGAAGAUUGUCGGUCCAGUACUUUUAUUAUUGAUCUCACUGUUGAUAAGCUAAUACCUACUUCUAAUCUCGUUGGACUGCUAUUUUACGACUUCUCACACACACACUCAUCUCACGCUCACUUUUCUUGUUGUUUCGGGAAGGAUGAUAUGCAUGUUUCAGGCUUCAUCUGCAGUUGCAGAGGCGCUGUUGCCGUCACUGAAUCCAAAACACAGUGAAUCUAUCUUAGCAACAUUUCUUCAUCAUGAUCUACCAGUUCUUCUUUUCCGACUCUCGGCCGAUGUCGCUCUCAUGAUUUUGGCGUGAAAGCCAAAGUCGCAACCUCAUGGACUAUCUUCAUCAGACUCGUUCGUUAUUAUGUAAGCAGCGCGCAAUGUUCUUCUGUUUCCGCUAUUGCGAGUGUAGCUGCUGUUCUUGGCUGUGCAUUAUUCAGGCGUAAAGACUCGAAAUUCA